UCCACCCCAACCCAGUGACUGAGGAAGAACAGACCUCACUGUCAAGUUGUUCCUGCUUCAUUGAAAGCACUCAGCACAUGGCAUUGCUCUGGUCCCUGUUGAACCCUCAGAAGAAAAGCUGUGGUGCUUCCUUUUACCCAUACAAAAUGGAACAUAAGAAACUACAUAGCUGAAGAAACUACAGUCUUCUUAUAAAUGAGAGGCAUUGAAGUCUAAGUAAUUUCCUGCUGAGGGAAAAUAACCAGCAGCUUUUCCACAGUGUAGAUUGAAACAGGGAAAGCAUGAAUAUCACUAACUGUACCACAGAAGCCAGUGUGGCUGCAAGACCCAAGACCAUCACUGAGAAGAUGCUCAUUUCCAUGACUCUGGUGAUCAUCACCACCCUGACCAUGUUGCUGAACUUGGCCGUGAUCAUGGCUAUCUGUACCACCAAGAAGCUCCACCAGCCUGCCAACUACCUGAUCUGUUCCCUGGCUGUGACAGAUCUCCUGGUGGCAGUGCUCGUCAUGCCACUGAGCAUCAUGUAUAUUGUCAUGGACAGCUGGAAACUAGGGUACUUUAUCUGCGAGGUGUGGCUGAGUGUGGACAUGACCUGCUGCACCUGCUCCAUCCUCCAUCUCUGUGUGAUUGCCCUAGACAGGUACUGGGCCAUCACCAAUGCUAUUGAAUAUGCCAGGAAGAGGACCGCCAAGAGGGCUGGGCUGAUGAUCCUCACCGUCUGGACCAUCUCCAUCUUCAUCUCCAUGCCCCCUCUGUUCUGGAGGAGCCACCGCCAACUCAGCCCACCUCCUAGUCAGUGCACUAUCCAGCAUGACCAUGUCAUCUACACCAUUUACUCCACACUUGGGGCAUUUUAUAUCCCCUUGACUUUGAUACUUAUUCUGUAUUACCGGAUUUACCAUGCAGCCAAGAGCCUUUAUCAGAAAAGAGGAUCUAGCCGGCACUUAAGCAACAGAAGCACGGAUAGCCAAAAUUCUUUUGCGAGUUGUAAACUUACACAAACUUUCUGUGUGUCUGAUUUCUCCACCUCAGACCCUACCACAGAGUUUGAAAAGAUCCACUCCUCUAUCAGGAUCCCUUCCUUCUAUAAUGAUCUAGAUCACCCAGUAGAACGUCAGCAAAUCUCUAGUACCAGGGAACGUAAGGCAGCACGCAUCCUAGGACUGAUUUUGGGGGCAUUCAUUUUGUCGUGGCUGCCAUUUUUCAUCAAAGAGUUGAUUGUUGGUCUGAGCAUCUAUGCGGUGUCCUCUGAAGUGGCUGAUUUUUUGACGUGGCUUGGUUAUGUUAAUUCUCUGAUCAACCCUCUGCUCUACACAAGUUUUAAUGAAGACUUUAAGCUGGCUUUUAAAAAGCUAAUUAAGUGCCGAGAACAUACUUAGAUUGCAAAAAGCCAAAAAGCAUUGUUUUUACCAGCCUUGUGAGUGGACAGAGGAAAGGGGUUCAACUUAUUAAUUCUUGAACAUAGUUGGUUCAGAAAAGUUUGUAAGGUAGUGUGGUCUUUUUGUUUGUUCAUUUGUUCCGUUUUGUUUGAGGUUUGUUUUCUGGUGUGCCGUUUUCUACCUCUGGUUUUAUUUGUGGUACAUGAUUUCAAAUAAACAU